CCUCCAACCAAAAAGUACGAUGGCUUCAUCCUUGGCCUAUGACGUGCUUGUGCAGCCCGAUUUGCGUGAGCUCAUCUUUGCGUACCAAGCCGGCGUCUCGUGCACACUGCAUCACAUGCUAGCGCUCUACCAUCAAAAGCUCGACCAAGUGCAAUAUCUUUACCACCCCGACUUGAGCGAACUGGUCGACCCGAUUCGUCUUCGCGGCUACAUGCUCUGCCGCCUCAUCCGCGAAGGCUACUGCGACGAAGCCAACGAGCUCUUAGACACGUUUCCGGGCAGCAACGACAUUCGGCUGCCGUCGCGCCUCGCGCCCUUGCUUCGGUGGACGAUCGAUAGCGCGGCCAAGCACCGCAAUUUGGCGCUCAUCAAGCGGCUCCACGCACGGGGCCUCGGCGCAGCUUCGGUGCGAGCCAUGGACCUCGCGGCCGAGCACGGGGACUUGGCCAUUGUUGAGUUUCUCCAUACGCAUCGACGCGAAGGGUGCUCCAAGAUUGCGUUCAAAAAAGCAAAGAAACACAAGGAGGUCCUGGCGUUUCUCAAGGCAAAUCGACCCAACGACGCGCGGAUCCGGCCACCGGUCUACGGUGAGCCCAAGGUGCCGCUGUCUCAUGUGUUGACGUGUGCGAUUCAGUAAUCGUGAG